AUGCUUGCUGAAUUCAAGGCGGCAAUGUUCCAUGAAUUUGAGAUGAUGGACAAUGGAUUGAUAUCCUAUUUUCUUGGCAUUAAAGUGAAGCAGCAGCAAGAGGGGAUUUUUAUAUCCCAGAAGAAUUAUAUGAAGGAGAUCUUAGAGAAGUUCAAGAUGAAUGAAUGCAACCCUGUGAACACCCCAAUAGCCAUCGGAAUGAAGCUCUCAAGAGAAGGAGACAGACGUUUCAUGGAUUCAACUCUUUUCAAACGUCUAGUUGGCAGCCUGAGAUACUUGACGAUCACAAGGCCCGAUAUUACUUAUGGAGUCGGACUUGUGAGUCGCUACAUGGAGACACCGAAGGAGUCUCACUGGCUAGCUGCAAAGAGGAUACUAAGGUAUAUCAAAGGCACACUCAACCUGGGUCUCUUCUAUGCAUAUAAUAAAAAUGCACAACUAGUUGGUUACUCAGAUAGUGACUAG